CUCCAUGGCGCUGCGCGGCUCCGGGGGCGGUCGCAGCGGCGCGGCGCGGCUGUGACAGGCGCUCGGCGGCCGGGCCCGGCCCUUCCCUUCUCUCCUCUCCCUCCUUCGCUCCCUCCCUCCCUCCCGCCCCAGUGCCCAGCGGGGGAACCGGGGGGGCGCGGCGGCGGCGCUCGGUCGGAGUGAGCCGUGGCGGCGGCCGGGGGCUGCCGGCGCCUGAGCGGCUCUAUGAUGAAAUUUAAGCCGAACCAGACGCGGACGUACGACCGGGAGGGCUACAAGAAGCGGGCGGCGUGCCUCUGCUUCCGCAGCGAGCGGGAGGACGAGGUGCUGUUGGUAAGCAGUAGCCGAUACCCAGAUCAGUGGAUUGUACCAGGUGGAGGAAUGGAACCAGAAGAAGAACCUGGGGGAGCAGCUGUCAGAGAGGUGUAUGAAGAGGCUGGAGUAAAGGGAAAACUAGGCAGACUGCUUGGGAUAUUUGAGCAGAACCAGGAUCGGAAGCAUAGGACAUAUGUUUACGUUCUUACUGUGACGGAAAUACUGGAAGACUGGGAGGAUUCAGUUAAUAUAGGAAGGAAAAGAGAAUGGUUUAAAGUAGAAGAUGCAAUCAAGGUCCUUCAGUGUCACAAGCCUGUUCAUGCAGAGUACUUGGAAAAACUGAAACUGAGCUGUUCGCCCACUAAUGGAAACUCUGUGGUUCCCCCUCUUCCAGAUAGUAACUCCUUAUAUGUCACUUCUGCACAGACUUCUGGGUUGCCCUCUACUGUGAGAUAAACAUUUGGAUUACCUCUUUAUUCAUGUCAUCACAAGGGGAGACAUCUUUGAUCACAUGUAGGCAUCUGUAUAAGUGUCAAUUCUAAGUGAAAUAUGUGAAUGUGUCAUAAUGUUGAGUUUAUUUGAACAUGUUUUUCCUUUUUAACAAUGUAAAAUAGUAUUUCAGCAAACCAAAGCCAUAUAUGGAUUUUUUUAAGAUGCCUUCAUAGGCCAUUUUUAAAAAGAAAUAAGAAACUUGAGUAUAUAAAUUUCCAUAUCUGCUAAAAUAAAAUAUGCAUCUCA